AUGCCCCCCUCAUUCAAAAGAAAAUGGACAUCCUCUCGUGCUCCAAUCACACCUCAUACCUCAGGACCACGAGGCAGAGGCCUAUCGAGUCGAGCACCCAGCGAUUCUAGCCGCCCUUCUCAAACUCCAAUCCCAUCAUCAGCCAGACAAUUGCGAACUCCAUUUGCUACUGAUACCAAACCCGAGACGGAUUGCUUGAUGGGUGCUUCAGACGAUGACUUCGAUGACCAUGUCAUUGUGGCUGUUGAUAUGAAGGACUACAGUACAGUUGGCUGCGCCUACUAUUCAGCUGAAGAAGAGAAAAUGUAUUUGCUUGGUGACACCCGCUCUGGGGGACUGGAGACAAUUGAGACAUUGCUACUCCAGAUCAAACCAACAGUGGUCUUGACGCCUCCUCGCGUUGAUCUAGAUGUGCAAAAUCAGAACCACAAUUUGGCACAGGAAGACGUUUCCUCGGCCUAUCUUCCAUACCAGAUAGAUGUUCGUCCAACAUCAGAAUUCAACUAUUCAAACGCAGAAAGCAAACUCCUUGGGCUGGACAUUUCAUCCAGUCAUGAAGAAUGCUUCCGAUUUCUAGUGCCCCAGACCGGUCUUCAUGGUCCCGAAGAGGUGAACCCAGAAGAAAUGGGCUUCACGCUUCAAGGAGGAAGAUUGCUGCGCAUUUCAAGCUCUAUCGACAUGGAAAACCCGGUAACUAUCGGCUGCGCAGGAGCCAUACUCCAAUACUUCCACCGACGAAGAUCAUCAGCGCUGACCUCCCCCGGAGGUGGAGUUGAAUAUCGAGUUCGAGCGCUGCAGAUGUUCAAUAUCCAAGAUACGAUGUGGAUCAACAACAACACAUUCACUUCACUGCAGAUCAUCCAACCGGAAUCGCACCCGAACAUGUUCAAUCAAGGCCCGGGUAGGAAUUCGGCUUCCGGAAAAGAGGGACUUUCUGUUUAUGGUCUCUUUCGCCGGUUUGCGUACACUCCUCAGGGUAAGGCAAAGCUCAGACAAACUUUCUUUCGUCCGAGUCUGGAUUUGAACAUCAUUCGAGAACGACAUGAUUUUAUCGGUGUCUUUUCUCGGCCUGAAAAUCUCGCGGCGCUGGACAAAAUGACCAAAGCUUUGAAACAUGUCAAGAACUUGAGGCUUGUGAUGAUCAAUCUUCGCAAGGGUGUUAGUACUGGCAGUGGGAAAAUCACUGGGUUCAAAACUACUGUUUGGGCUAGUUUGCUUGCUUUUGCGUUUUACUCGAUCGAUAUCCAGGAUGCGCUACAGGAGGUCUCUGGGGCCGAGAUUCUAGUUCUUCGAACCAAGGUCGCUCUUCGCGUGUUUGAAGCAGCACAGCUCUACAGAGUGGGCCGUAUGAUCCAAGAAAUUGUUGACAUCGACAACUCAGAAGAACAGGGAAGAACAGUAGUCAAACAAGGGAUUGACAGGGAGCUUGACAGAAUUAAGGACAGAUAUGAUGGACUGAACAGUCUUCUCAAGCACGUUGCCCUCGACAUCGCCGCAACUAUCCCUGAAGUCCUCGAUCUCGAUGUCAACGUCAUCUAUUUCCCUCAACUCGGGUUCAAUAUUACCAUUCCACUCGAUGAUAAUGGUGUGGCACUAUAUAGUGGCGUCGAAAAUGAGUGGGAAUUGAUGUUCAUCGCGGAGGACUGGGGAUAUUACAAGGACUAUCGUAUGAGAGAGAUGGAUAAAAAGCUAGGAGAUAUUUAUGGUCUUAUCUGCGACAAAGAAAUUGAGAUUGUCUACGGUUUGGCUCAGAGAAUUCUUCGAUAUGAGAAUUUGCUUGUUGAUGCAUCUGAUAUCUGUGGGGAGAUUGACAACCUUCUUGCACUCACGCAGGGAGCAAGUUUCUACAGGCUGACUCGGCCACGAAUGGUUCAAGACAAUAUCAUUAAGAUCAAGGGUGGACGACACAUGCUCCAAGAAAUUGCAGUGCCGUCGUAUGUUCCAAACAGCACAUUUCUUGCUGGUGGGAAUGUGAACACCAACAGCAAUGAUGCGUCUACAUCUGAUCACAAUCCGAGUAUGUUGAUUUUGACAGGUCCAAACUACUCCGGGAAAAGUGUCUACAUGAAGCAGGUAGCUCUGAUUGUUUUCCUGGCACAAAUCGGAAGCUUUGUUCCUGCAGAUAGCGCGGAACUUGGAAUCACCGACAAGAUCUUGACCAAAAUCAAUACUCAAGAGAGUGUCUCCAAGAUUCAAAGCACCUUCAUGAAUGAUCUGCAGCAAAUCUCUCGCUGUCUGAAAGAACUUACGAGCCGCAGCCUUGUUAUCAUCGAUGAAUUUGGGAAAGGAACUAACGAGAGCGAUGGUAUCGGACUUGCCUGUGGAAUUCUCGAAUAUCUCCUGGAUCUUGAGACUGCCUCCAAGAUCAUCGCAGCAACCCAUUUCCAUGAGAUCUUUGAGAAUGAUUUUCUUGCGCUGCGGCCACGGCUACAACUUGGACACAUGGAGGUUCGAGUUGAUGAGAAAGUUCAACAAGUUGAGGAUCAAGUCACAUAUCUUUACAAGUAUGUGCAAUGCCGCUGGUUACUGCUUCGCUACUGCAUACAAGAUGCUGACAUUCUGGAUAGCUUUCGUAGUGGACGAAGUAACAAGAGCUUCGGCACAAUCUGCGCAGCAAUCAAUGGCAUUGACUCAGUUAUCGUGUCUCGCGCAAACAAGAUUGCCUGCCUCUUGGCUCGAGGCGAGAACAUCCUCGCUGCAUGCGCGGUUUUGUCCCCGGGGGAGAUGAAAGAGCUUGAGCAAGCGCCCCGUCACAAGGAGUCACUCGCAAGGAGAUUCCUGGAGCUUGACUUUUCGCAAGGUGACUCAGACCACAACGCGAAGGCGUUAUUUGAAGGCUUGUUCAAAGUUUCGGGGCAAUGA